AGGGCGCAAUUGAUUUUUAUGAAGCCAAGUCUGUCAGUUACGUUUAUCGGGGCUGUGUUUGUGGUUUUGCGCAUGGCAUAUUGAAGGCUGAAAAAAUCUUAAUAUCCUGCCACUUCAUUUGGCAAUAUUUUGGGACUGCUUUGAUACGAAACACGUACAAGCAGGUUCUAAUCAUGAUGUCCUCAGCUCCAGUCGUCGUUCCCCGCAACUUCAAACUCCUGGAAGAGCUGGAGGAGGGGCAGAAGGGCGGGCAGCCCAAUGUCAGCUGGGGCCUAGAGAGUGACAACGACAACACGUUCACGUAUUGGAACGGAACCAUCGUUGGUCCAGCAGAGACUCAUUUCCGAGAACGCAUCUACAUGCUCAAGCUGAAGUGUGACAGCCAGUAUCCCAACAAGCCACCCACAAUCCGCUUUGUCACAAGGAUCAAUCUGCCCCACGUCAACGAUCGGGACGGCACGCUUGAGAGAACAUUUCCCUUACUGCAACAUUGGAACACCAAAUACACCAUCAAGGAUAUUCUCAACGAGCUCCUUAACUUAAUGAAACGCAACGCUAAACUACGCCAGCCUCCGGAGGGCUCUACCUUCUGAUCCUUGCUCCUCUGUCUGACCCCCCCUCCCCCAAUCCUCGCUGUUCCUUCCUUCCCGCCACUUUCACAGCAGCAUGUAAGUUUUAAAGUGACCCUUUCCCUGUUUAGGGAAUACGACUAAGCAUGACCCUAUUGUUGUGAUUCUGCUUUUGGGGGGAAUUACCACGAAAGAAAUGUGUAGGCACCUUUCUCGUUUUUCCGCUCUAUCUUCAAAAAUGUUUAUCUUACUCUUAAGGUCAGUUUUUAAACACUUGUUUCCCUGUUUUGCAAGUGCACUCGAAGAAGGCACAACAUACAAUAUAGAAGGUUAGCAGACUCUGUGGAAAUGUUUGCCAUUUGCGAGCCAAAGGUACGUUGACUGUACAUUCAGAAUUCUCACAGAAAGUUGACAAUGCUACUGUAUUGUGCUCUGCAUUACUGGAAGUAAAAUUUGUCCUACUGUUGGUCAGUUGUUCUCGAGCAGGGUUUUCUGCACCUGGUAACUCAUUACGUGGAACUUGGACUCACCAACCAAAUUCAGACUCUGAGGAAGGUCUGAGACCAAGGUGAACAGUGAAGCUGCACUUUGCUUCGUUGCUUUGCAGAAUGUGGAGUGUAAAUUUGUUGGAAGAGGUUUCUUUCAAAAUACCUUAUUUCACUGUCAUUUUAAAACGUUUGUUCCUUAUCUGCUGGCGAACUGUCAGACAGACAUUUAUAGAAGUGUCAAAACCAGUCAUUGAGCAAUAGAAAUUGAGCUAAAUGCUUUUGACGUUAGCAUAUGCUUAAAAAUUUGCCAAAAAGUCUAUUUAUUUUUUUAAUAAUGCGUUAACACAAAGCCGUUUUAAGUACUGGUUGCAUGCUAUGUAAAGAUGCAUUUUUCCCUUGCUAAUCUUACUUUUGGGGGGCUUCAGGUAACUUUAAUGGGAUUUUCUGUCAUGUACAUCGGACAGGAAUGCUUACUGGUUUAGCAUGUUAUUCAUUCACCUACUAUAAUCUGAUUUGUCAGCUAGAUAGAGUCACUGAAGAACUUGCAAUCGGUUUGGUGCUGAAUUUUCAGUUUAUUUUAUAAGCCAACCACAAAUUCUCCAAAAUCCUUGCAUGAGGCCAAAGAAAGUCUCCGGUUUCUGGUCAGCGCGCGCGUGGCUGUAGACCGGCGCAUUGUCAAAAUAAAGAAGUUUUUUAUUUGGUUUUAACUCUAACAGUCCUCAAUCCUGCAACAGGUGAAGGAUUGAGGACUGG